AUGCGGCUGUUUUUCUUGCUUUGUUGCCUGCUAGGGCGCAUUCUUGAUUCCGUGACUUCAGAUUUCCCAGGUACAACAACUUGUCGUGAGGAUCGACUGCAGAUUUGGCUUCCUGAGGAGUUUGGCAACUCUUCCUCCUGGCAAGUGGAAGUUCUUGAUGCAAGUGGGGAAGGAAUUGAAGACUGCGACUAUGAUGUGGACUACGAAAAGCAGACUCUAACCGCUUUGUACAUGAACUGCACAAACCUGGAGCGUAGUAAGCACCGUCUGCGAUUUCGGCUGCGGUUCAACAAUACGGUGACCAGGGGUGCUGAGAAUACGACCUACCACAUUGACUGUGCUGCUGCUGUCCAGGCCGACGAAGCCUCUCGCCGUGGCCGCUUCGCCAGCACUACAAAUUGCACCGAAAACUUCAUGGCUGUUGCAUUUCCAAGACUUAUUCCCAGCUUUGAUGAUGAACAUGCGACUGCAGUGUCCCGGAUGGAGUGGAUUGUAUCCAUAGACGAUGGAACACGAACACACAGGCUAAGCCUUAGGCAAGCCAUACAACAAGGCUACACUUUCUUGACAGACGGCAACCGUAUCAUCUUCCAAGUCCCUUUUGAUGCUGUGGGAGUUAUUUCUUACAAGCAAGACGGCCGAAUACUGUACACUGUGGCGCUCAAGCUUACCUAUGGACCUCCUGAACAGCGGCUAACUGUGGAAUCAAGAAUGAUCUGUGCCCCAGGUCCAGCAAUCUGCAAUUCGACACACAUGACAAUUUCCAUCCCAGAUUUCCCAGGAAAACUGUCAGCUGUGAGUCUAGACAAUAAGAACAUUCCCCUCAACCAACUUCAAGCCAACGGAAUUGAUGCAGACACAAAGAAGGGUGUGAAAUUGUACAUCAGCAAGAAAGUCCUGAAGUCUCGGCUUUACAGAGAUGAUGACUGCUCAGGUUUUCAACUGUAUGCCUCAUCCCUGAAGAUGUAUUUUGACUACCACGGCGAAAUCGCGACGAUGGUGACUCACCCGGAGUGUCCUUGUGAGCAAAAUUCACCCAUAGCUACUGUGUGCACAUCAGAUGGCCACAUGGACUUUGAAAUCCUUAGUAGCAGCACGAAGCCCAUGCUAAACUUGGCUACGCUCCAGCUUAAAGACCCUGCCUGCAAGCCGGUCUUCCAAUCUCCUUCGAACGAUGCGGUUCGGUUCCGUGUGCCUCUGAACGGGUGUGGGACCAGGCAAAGGUUCAAUGGGGAGAAGGUGAUUUAUGAGAAUGAAGUGAGUGCGCUAUGGGCGGAUCUCCCACCACGCUGGAUCUCCAGAGAUAGCGAAUUCAGGCUAACAGUGAUGUGCUCCUAUGGCAGUGAUGAUGCCUCACUGGAUGUCGAGAUAAGCAGUCUUUCUCCUCCUGAUUCUGUAGUAAACCAAGGUCCCCUCUCCUUGAUUCUCCUUAUUUAUCCAGAUGUCUCCUACAUAGUUCCUUACAGCGAUGCCCAAUACCCUAUUGUGAAAUACUUGCGGCAGCCUAUUUUCCUGGAAGUUCAAGUACUCAACCGUGUUGACCCGAACAUCCACCUGAUGCUGGAUGACUGCUGGGCCACACUGUCUCUUGAUCCAGCCUCUUUGCCACGCUGGAACAUCGUGGUAGAUGGGUGUGACUACGAUCACGACAGCUACAAGACGUUGUUCCAUCCAGUAGGCCCUUCUGUCAGCUACCCUAACUUCCGACAAAGAUUUGAAGUCAAGGCAUUUGCCUUCGUUUCUGGUGGCAAAGCUCUGCCCAGCCUGGUGUACUUUCAUUGCAGCGUGCUCAUCUGUGACAGAUUUCGUCCAGACUCCCCUCUGUGUUCAAGGAGCUGUCCUCCUCCUCCUCCUAGAAACAGACGAGAUGCAGCGCCAGCAGAAAACGCUGCAGUCGUGACCCUUCCUCACGCUGUCAUUUUGGUACCAGAGGAGCAGCCUGAGAUUAGAGGCCAACAGAAAUGGAGUAAUGGAAUGUGGGUAACGGCUGUACAGGUGGUCGCUGUGACGCUUGGGCUCGUAGGCACUGCACUGGCAGUUCUAGGUCUACUCAAGAUCAAGAAGAGAACUGUCCUGAUAAACAGAAUAAAAUGA